AACCACAUCAACAGGGUCUACAACAACAUCCCCAACUACAACUACAGAAUCCACAACACCCUCAACUAAGACUUCAACACAUACACCAACUAUCUCAACAACUCUGAUCACUACCACAUCAACAGGGUCUACAACCAUAUCGUCAACAACAAUCACAGGAUCCACAACACCCACAAUUAAAUCAUCAACUCCAACACCUACUUCUACCCCAACAAUUUCAACCACCACCCCUACAACCGCUACAACAUCAACUACAUCACCAACUACAACCACAGUAUCUACAACACUUUUGACUAAAUCUACAACAGAAAAACCUACAACUACGAAAACUUUAACUACUACCUCAAUAUCAACUCAAUCAUCAACACAAUCGGAGUCUACCACUGGAACCACAUCAACAGGAUCUACAACUGAAACAUCUUCUAAUACUGCUGUAUCAACUACAAUUACACCUUCAUCAGAUUGUUCUAAAUGGGAUAAAGUACAAAAUGAGACAUUUUAUUUUUGCAACUGCACAAUGGCCACAUGUGUAGGAAACAAUACUCUUCAAAUAGUGCCAUACGAGUGUCCAUCCAUAAAGAAUAUUACCUGCACUAAUGGAAGAAGUCCUGUUCUUGAAUAUGAUGAAUAUCAAUGCUGUCAACAUUAUGAAUGUGACUGUGAGUGCAAAGGCUGGGGAGACCAUCGCAUUACAUUUGAUGGGCUAUACUACGGUUACCAAGGAAACUGUUCUUAUUAUUUGAUGAAAGAAAUUUCCCCCAUGCAUGACUUGGAAAUGUAUAUUGACAACAACCGUUGUGAUCCAACUCGAGAUGUUUCUUGUCGUCGAUCCUUAAUUGUAAACUAUGGAAAGCAAAGUAUCAAACUCACCAUUUUUAAUCUCACUGGACAGCCAGAAUUGGAGGCCUACAAGAAUGAAGUAAAUCUAAGGCUACCAUUUUGGGAACAAGGUGUUAAGGUGAUGAGUUCUGGCAUUGACCUUGCUUUAGAGAUCCUUCGUCUAAGAGUGGUUGUAACAUUUGGAAAAAAUGGCUUUAGUGUGAACCUUCCUUAUAAGUACUUCGGAGGAAACACAGAGGGUCAAUGUGGAACUUGCACCAAUAAUCAGAAGGAUGACUGCGGGUUGCAGGGAGGCAAAGGAGAGGAAAGUUGCGCUCUAAUGGCCGACAGCUGGCUUCUAGAAAGUGACAAGAAUAAAAUUGAGUGCAAGCCAAGUGUCCCUCCAGGAGAACCUCUUCCAGAACCAACUCCAUGCAAUUCAUCUUCCAUAUGUGAUCUUCUUCUGAGCAGUGUCUUCGCUCAGUGCCGUCAAUGGAUCUCUGCAGACACUUUUUACAAAGGAUGUGUUUAUGAUAGUUGCCGCAUUCACAGCCAGGCGGUUCAGUGCGCCACUUUGGAGAUUUAUGCAGCUGCUUGUGCUAAGAUUGGAAUGUGCAUAAAUUGGAGGAGCCACACUGACCAAUGCGCCAGCAACUGUCCAUCAAACAAAAUCUAUAGACCUUGUGGGCCUGCAGAUCAACCAUCCUGUGAGGACAGUCCCAAUGAUCCAACUAUGAACUUCACUACUGAAGGCUGCUUUUGUCCGGAAGGAAUGAAACUUUUCAGCAAAGAUUCAAACAUAUGUGUUAAAAGUUGCGGAUGCCUUGAUCCUGAUGGGACACCCCGUGAGUUCAAUGAGACAUUUGAAUACAAAUGUCAAAACUGUGUCUGUGAUGAGUCCACCAAGACUGUGAUCUGCAAGCCUAAGCCGUGCCCAACACCAGCUGAACAACAGUGCUCUGGUCCAGGAUACGUUCUUGUCAAUCAAACUGAUCCAUCCGAUCCCUGCUGUACUCUCCAUGUUUGUCAAUGUGAAAGCCGUGCGUGUCCAGAGAUCAACAUGAACUGUCCAGUUGGUUUUAGGUCAAACAUCCGCGUUCCUGAGGGAAAAUGCUGUCCAGAAAAUAGAUGUGAGCGCAAACAAGUCUGUGUCCAAAAUCAAACUGAAUACAGGCCUGGUUCCUCAGUUCCUGGCAAAAAAUGUGAGAACUGCAUCUGUUCCGCUGCAAACAUUUCAUCUGGAGAUCUGGUGAAAAUAGAGUGUCGACCUCAAAAGUGUGAUGAAACAUGCGGAGAGGGAUUUGAAUAUGUGAAAACCAAUCCAGAUGAAUGCUGUGGGACGUGUGUGCAAACACACUGUGUGAUCAGUGUUAAUGGUACUACCAUGCAACUGAAGGUUGACAAAACCUGGUCGCCUGCUGAAAAUAAGUGUGAGAGUAAAACCUGCGUGAAGAGCGGAGAGUCUUUUACAGUCAUCAGCUCUAAAAUCGUUUGCCCGUUCUUCCAAGAGAGCAACUGCAAAAAGGACACAAUUCAGACUGCGGCAAACGGCUGCUGUAAAAUCUGUGUAGAGAAAGAGAAAGCCUGCAGGUUGGAGACUGUUAAAACUUCUAUUAACCACAAUGGCUGUCAAGCAGAGGUCGAUAUGCCGUACUGCGAAGGAUCGUGCAACACUUUCAGCAAGUACUCUGAAGCAGCAGGUGCUAUGGAACAUUCCUGCUCCUGUUGUAAAGAGAAACGCCUCAACAAUCGCACCAUCGAUCUGGCGUGUGAAAAUGGCGGGCACGUCCAGUUCACCUAUGAGCACAUAGAGGAGUGCGGCUGCGGCCACACAGAGUGCACCACGCCUGCUGGACAUCUUCGAAGAAAGCGGCGCUUCACACUGCAGUGAAAACCUUUACUCACAAAUGUGAGAUAUAUAUAUAACCAGAUUCCUUUAAAUAAUUACAAAGUCUCCUAAAAAGUAUAACAAACUUUCUGGAGUUCGUUUAUCAGCUGAUUCAAUAAAAUUA